AGUGAACAGAGGUUUCAACAGAGACUUUGGGAAAAAGAACCCGUCUGCUAUGCCCAGCACUCCAGGGGGCAGCUCCAAAGUUGUACCCAUUGCCAGCCUCAACCCAUACCAGUCCAAAUGGACCAUCCGCGCUCGUGUGACCAACAAGAGCAGUAUCCGUACAUGGAGCAACUCUCGUGGUGAUGGAAAACUCUUCUCCAUGGAGAUUGUGGAUGAGAGUGGAGAGAUACGAGUGACUGGUUUCAACCAAGAGGUGGACAAGUUCUUCAGCCUCAUUGAGGUUGGGAAGGUCUACUAUGUCUCCAAAGGCUCCCUGAAGAUCGCCAACAAGCAGUACACAUCAGUGAAGAAUGAUUAUGAGAUGACCCUCAAUGGAGAGUCCACUGUCAUCCCCUGCGAAGACAGCUGCGAUGUUCCCAUGGUGCAGUGCGAUUUUGUCUCUAUUGGUGACCUGGAGAACAGAGAUAAAGAUGCCAUCAUUG